CGCAUUCUCGCAUUCGUUUCCUCUUUGGCGAUCGCUUCUCGUGGCUGUCGCUCCGAAGCCGCUUUAACCCGAGUCGAGGGAACCGUCCGGAAUUUCUUCGCUGCCAUGAGGCCGGUUGUGCUAGUUGCGCUGCUGGCCGUCGCGGCCGUCGCUGUGGUGGACGCCGCCCGCCCCUGUGAUGACGUCAGUGGCAUUUGCAAGAAAAAGGACAGUCUAGGAGGGAAGAAGUGCAAGGAAAUCGAGGAAGGCCUAUGCAGGAAGGGCAUGGUCUGCUGUCCUGAAGAGAGAGCAAAUAAACGCACGAAAAAGCCAAAUCAAGAAUGUGAAGACGAGAAGGAAGGAUGCUCGAGCGCAGGUGGCGAGUGUCGACAGACCUGCAGACCCCGGGAGGUUAAGAAGGGAAAAUGUGGAGACAAUUGCGUGUGUUGCGUCAAAGGAAAGAGAGCAAAUAAACGCACGAAAAAGCCAAAUCAAGAAUGUGAAGACGAGAAGGAAGGAUGCUCGAACGCAGGUGGCAAGUGUCGACAGACCUGCAGACCCCGGGAGGUUAAGAAGGGAAAAUGUGGAGACAGUUGCGAGUGUUGCGUGAAAGGCGAAGGAAAGAGAGCAAAUAAACGCACGAAAAAGCCAAAUCAAGAAUGUGAAGACGAGAAGGAAGGAUGCUCGAACGCAGGUGGCAAGUGUCGACAGACCUGCAGACCCCGGGAGGUUAAGAAGGGAAAAUGUGGAGACAAUUGCGAGUGUUGCGUGAAAGGCGAAGGAAAGAGAGCAAAUAAACGCACGAAAAAGCCAAAUCAAGAAUGUGAAGACGAGAAGGAAGGAUGCUCGAACGCAGGUGGCAAGUGUCGACAGACCUGCAGACCCCGGGAGGUUAAGAAGGGAAAAUGUGGAGACAAUUGCAAGUGUUGCGUGAAAGGCGAAGGAAAGAGAGCAAAUAAACACACGAAAAAGCCAAAUCAAGAAUGUGAAGACAAGAAGGAAGGAUGCUCGAACGCAGGUGGCAAGUGUCGACAGACCUGCAGACCCCGGGAGGUUAAGAAGGGAAAAUGUGGAGACAAUUGCGAGUGUUGCGUGAAAGGCGAAGUGGACGAAAUCCGAAAAUCUGAAAAUUGUAAAGACGAAUGCAAGAGAGCAGGAGGCAAGUGUCGAAAGUCCUGCAAGUCAAAGAAGGGGGAAGUAGAGGGAGUGUGUCAAGGAGCAGACUGUAAGUGCUGCAUUACCCAGGAAGAAAAAACUUCAACGCCUCAAAAAAAAGCAAAAUUCUGCAAAAAAGGAAAUGAGAAGUGUGUAGCACGUGGUGGACGGUGCAGAAAAAAGUGCAAAACUAAAUUUUUAGUUAAGAAAUAUUGCAAGGGCAAUUGUCUUUGCUGUGAUAAAAGUCUUGUCAACGAAAAGAAAAAAUGUAUAAAAGCCAAAGGCAACUGCAAGGAGCAAUGUAAGAGUAAGGAGACAGAUGAUGACUUACAGAGAAGUUGCAAGAAAAAAUUGAAAUGUUGUGCUAAGAAAUGCAAGAUACAAGAUGCAUGUAUAAAUGCAAACGGUGAAUGCCGCCGUUUCGCAAAGAAUUGUCUGUAUGGAAAGCUUAAAGGUGGCUGCAAGGGCAAGAAAUGUGUCUGUUGCUUGCCAGCCAGUACAACAACUGCAAUAAAUGGAACAAAUCCUAGUACUCCAACUACUAUAUCAAUAGCUUCAAGACCAACAACUUUAGUAUCAGGAACAACAACAACAACAACAAGAUCAAACACGACAGGACCAACAACAGUAGGACCAACAACAGCAGGACCAAGAACAGUAGGACCAACGACGGCAGGACCAACAACAGCAGGACCAACAACAGCAGGACCAACAACAGCAGGACCAAGAACAGUAGGACCAACGACGGCAGAACCAACAACCGCAGGACCAACAACAGCAGGACCAACAACAGCAGGACCAACAACAGCAGGACCAACGACGGCAGGACCAACGACGGCAGGACCAACAACAGCAGGACCAACGACAGCAGGACCAACAACAGCAGGACCAACGACGGCAGGACCAACAACCGCAGGACCAACGACGGCAGGACCAACAACGGCAGGACCAACAACCAUAGGUCCAACUAUCGCAGAAUCAACCACUGCAUCCACUGUACGUAAUGUCUUGUUGGGGAGAACCUGCCGCAAUAGGCUCAUUGAUUUGGAAAAACAACUCAAUCUGUCUCUGACCGAAGGUGGAGAGGUAAUGAAUAACAUUAUUGAUAUUUUCAACACAAACAACCCAGAAUUGUCUGCUGCUCAGGAAAAUGAACUUACCAACGUAUUAACCGAACUUCAGGUGCUAUUUAACAAAACACAAGAAUUAGCAUUGUUGGUCAAUGUGACCGCAGCAGACCUUAAUGCAUCGGUACCCUGUCCAGAUGAUGAGUAUGAGGAGGUGUUAAAUAACAUGACGGUUAAGAACCAGGAAUUGAGUGUUAUCCGUGAUACGAUAGCAACCCUGCCACCUGCUGCAAAAAGGGUCAGAUUACAGAUAAUAGUUUUUAUUCGUUUCACUUUCACAGUGUGUGUGGGUGCACAAAGAGUACUUAUAGUGGUCUUUGAAAUAGUAGUGGUAAUAUUUGAGCAAAUUAAUGUCGGGGCAAUAGUAGUUCCUGGUCUAGAUGAAGAACCAGUUCGUACAACUGUGAGAACAUCAACAGUAUCAGCUACAGAAACAUCAAACACCAGACCAUCAUCAACUACAGCAAGUGCAGGACAAACAAGUUCAGAAUCAUCAACUGGAGGACCAUCCACUUCUGGAUCUCCAGCUAAUACAACAACCGCAGGACCAACAACAGCAGGACCAACGACGGCAGGACCAACAACAGCAGGACCAACAACAGCAGGACCAACAACAGCAGGACCAACGACGGCAGGACCAACAACAGUAGGACCAACAACAGCAGGACCAACAACAGCAGGACCAACGACGGCAGGACCAACAACAGCAGGACCAACAACAGUAGGACCAACAACAGCAGGACCAACGACGGCAGGACCAACAACCAUCGCAGGAUCAACCAUUGGAUCCACUGCUAACAGAAGGAUUCCCUUCUUGAAUUGUAAAUCUGAUACACGAGCCAUCUUCAGCAAUAAGACAAUUUUGACAUCUUGAAAUGAAGGACUCGGUUGCAGAAGGGAAUUAAAUCCCGUUUCCAAUAUCGGGCUGAAAAAAAAAGUCGAGAAGAACGCAAAGUUACCCAAGGGAAGCAACAACUGAACAUUGUGAUGGGACUUCUGCUUCAGUAAUUGACCCAUUUGAUGGUGACUUCGCGACUGGCAAUACCUAUUCAACCGUCAACAGGAAUACAUUUCUGAAGUGGAAAGUCAACAUGACACCGAAGAACAUACUGCAAUAAAAUCAUAGAUUGUUAAAAUAGGAUCUUCCUGCAACAAUUAUGACAAAAUAAGCAUGCCAUGUUAUGAAAAUAAAAAAUUUAUAUUAAACUAUUGCGUAGAUAUACAAAAUAAAGUUUAUUUUGUAAA